GCAGCUUUAUGUGUUCACUCCCCCGCGGCCCCCCGGCUGCGUUUGGGAGGCUCUGAAAGGAGCCAGCGGUGGCUUUGUGAGAACUGCAAGUCCCAGAGAUCCCGGCACCAGUGAAGCUGAAGAGCCAGGGCCGCAUUAGAAAACAUGGCAGCGCCGUCCAGGAACGCGUGCGGGCUCAUGGAGCGCUCCGUGCGGGAGCGGGUCCCCCCCCUGCUCACCGACAUGUACCAGUUCACCAUGGCGUACGCGUACUGGCGCGCGGGCCGGCACCAGGAGCCCGCCGUGUUCGAGCUCUUCUUCAGGGACAACCCGUUCGGCGGCGGCUUCUCGCUGUUCGCCGGGCUGCACGACUGUCUGCUGUUCCUGCGGGGCUUCCGCUUCACGGACGAAGACGUGGACUUCCUGCGCUCCAUCCUGCCGCCCGCCACCGACCCCGCCUUCUUCCAGUACCUGCGAGGCCUCGACUGCUCGGGCGUGACGCUGCGCUCCGUCCCCGAGGGCACGGUGGUGUUCGCCAGGGUGCCUCUCGUGGAGGUGGCAGGUCCGCUGGCUGUGGUUCAACUGCUGGAGACGAGUUUACUCUGUCUGGUCAACUACGCCAGCCUCGUGUGCAGCAACGCCGCCCGGUUCCGCCUGGCCGCCGGCCCCCGGAGGAAGCUGCUGGAGAUGGGCCUGAGGAGGGCUCAGGGUCCAGACGGGGGCCUCACCGCCUCACGCUACACGCACAUAGGAGGGUUCGAUCUCACCAGCAACGUUCAGGCCGGCUUCCUGUUCGGGAUCCCCGUCACCGGCACCAUGGCUCACUCUUACGUCACUUCCUUCACCUCUCUGGAGGAGGUGUGGCCACAGACCCUGGCGGCGGCCAGCGGAGACCAGGACCCGGUGGACGUCAUCUCUCUGACCAAAGGCUGGCUGAGUCGACUGUGUGAGCUCCUGGGGGCGGAGCCGGCGAAGGUUCGUGAGGGCGAGUUGGCGGCGUUCCUGUCCUACGCCAUCGCCUACCCUCAGAACUUCCUGCCUGUGAUUGACAGCUACAGCGUCGGCUGUAGCGGCGUGUUGAACUUCUGCGCCGUGGCCCUGGUUCUGAGCGAGCUGGGCUACAGGCCGUUGGGCGUCCGUCUGGACAGCGGGGACCUGUGCAGGCAGUCGGUCGACGUCCGCCGGGUCUUCAGACUCUGCAGCGAGCAUUUUUCCAUCCCUGCCUUUGAUUCCCUGAUCAUCGUCGGGACCAACAACAUCUCGGAGCACAGCAUGGCUGAACUCAACAAGAAGGAGAACGAGAUCAACGCGGUCGGCGUUGGGACACAUCUGGUCACCUGCACAAAGCAGCCGUCGCUGGGCUGUGUGUAUAAGCUGGUGGAGGUGAGAGGCAGGGCCAGGAUGAAGAUCAGCGAGGACCCGGAGAAGAGCACGGUACCUGGGAGGAAAGCUGUGUACCGACUGUUCGACGCCGAGGGUCAUCCUUUCCUAGACCUGUUGUGUCUGGCCGCGGAGUCUCCUCCAGAGGCCGGACUCCCUCUGAGCUGCUUCCCUCUGGGCAGCGACGACUCCGCCGCCUCUGUGACUCCGGCUCAGGUCACCUGUCUGCGCCAGGAAAUGUUCACUAAAGGACAGAUCACUCAGCCUCUGUGCAGCGCUGUAGAAACCAGAGCCGAGGUCCAGGCCUCCCUCCAGACUCUGCACCCUCGACAUAAGAGGCUGCAGGAGCCGGACUCUUACACCGUGGCGCUAUCAGAGAAACUCCACCACCUGGUCUCGGAGAUCAUACGAGGCAGCAGCAGCAGCAGCAGCAACAGCGACUUUCUUUUAGCCAACUAGUCACAUACAACAGUUUUUUCUUUCUUUUUUUAUUUGUCUUUUUGUUGAUGCUCUGUUCUCUCAGAAAGUGUCUGAACCGUGACAGUGUUACCAGCGUCCAAACGCAGAGAAUCACAGCUGUGUCCUUCUCAUCUAUGUCCGUAAAAACUGGGUUAAAAUGAGCAGAAGUCAAACCGUGAAAAUGGAGAAAAUGUGUUUUAUUGAAACAGUUUUGAUGUUUUCAAUGAAAAACCUCCAAAUCUAAAAAAUGUAUUCUCAGUUAUUUUAAUGCAAAAAAUAAUGUGACUAGAAUGGACUUCAAUCUGGAAUUAAUAUGAAUUAAUGAUGUUUUUGCUAAAUGAAAAUAUGAAUUCCAAACUAAGAGACGUCUGUAAGUAAAAGACAAUUGAUUUUGUGAGGUCUGGCAAAAAGAAGGAAGCAAUUUAACGGCGUAAAACUUUUUAAAAUAUGUAGCUUAAAGUAGAUAACCGACUCUUUCUAGUGAUACUAACAACUACUGGAAGGUUGACAUGGUUGAAAAGAUGAGAUGAGACAAGAUGAGAUGAGCCUUUAUUCAUGGGGAAAUUCUCAUUGUUAAGAGGAGCAGAGACAUUCAGCACCGUUACCGUUGGGAAAGAUGCAGACAGUGCAUAAUAACAGGUAUGAAUAUAUAUGUACAUGUAGUUACAUGGAGAACAGUGCAGUAGUGGAUGAGGAGGAAUAUAAGUGCGGGACCUGGAGGAGACCAAAUCAGAGCACAAAUGAAAUCAAUAUUAGACUUAAAUUCUUUAUUGAUUGGGUUUUGAUUGACUGAGCUUUAUUUAUUUCAAAUAUGUUCAAAAGAAAAAGAUACGUAGAAGGAACAAACAUGCAAUAUAUUUGAGAGGAGGAGCGGGAGGAAGGAAAACUAAAACUUUAGCCGGAGGUAAAACUACUUCUGGAGGAAUGAAAAUGAAAAUACAACUGAAUGAUUGCAGCUUUAGUUUUUACCAGUUUUUCAUAAAUAACAUCUGUUGAAUUUGGACUCUGGCGUUUGUAUGAAAGUUUAUCGGUUCAGUUUUUGCGCCCUCUAGUGGUGGCAUAAAAAAACCCCACUGUGCAUCAUUUUCUAGUUUAUCCAGUUCAUUCUUUUCUCGUGAGCAUCUUUUCACUUUUGAAAAAUAACCCCUGCAACCUUCCCCAACCUUCCCGUAACCCACCCGCCCUCCACCUCCACCUCCGCCGAUAAAGCAGAUACACCCAGCAGACACAUGGAGCUGAUUAGACACGGAGAGGCCGUCAUAUCAUCCAUGACCAUCUCGUCCUCUCUGAGAUGGAUCUGUCCACACAUGUGUUACGGCCCAGAGAACAUUACAGUACUUUUCUCUGUGUCCACAAAACUCCCUGGAAAUAAAACCAGAUUUCAAGUGGUGCCUCCAAAGGUUCACCGGAUAAAUCUGAGGGGUCACGAGGUGAUUUCAUAUCUGGCGUUUGAUACUAUUUUCUCUAAAAAAAGUAAAAAUUUAGGCUGAAAUAAGCUGGACUCUUCUUGGACCGGGUCUGGCUUCGUAACUCAAAGAAUGCAAUCACAAACCUUCUGCUUUGAAAUCAGCUUCAAUGCUCUUCAGCCUGCAGCCAGACCCACGAGGUCGUCACCUGCUUUUGUUUUUGAAGACGUUCCCACAUGUGCUGAACACUUGUCGGCUGCUUUGCCUUCGCUCUGCUCGGCUCUGCUCAGCUCCAGCUCGUCUCAAACCGUCUCGGCCGAGUUUAGGCGGCUGAUUGUUUGGCUUCCAAAGGCCAAAGAUUUUCGCUGAUCCAAAGGGGCUCGAAGAUGUUUCAUUAAAUGCAGCGUUCAGGGUUUUUUUUAUUUCAGAACAUCUGUACUGUAUCACAAAGGUACACGAGCGUUUAAAAGGUAUUAUUGAUUCAUUUCAGCUUGUUUUUUGAAAUCGAAUCUACACCGACGUGCGUCCAGCCCAAGGAAUUAUACGACGCUUCUCGGUUUCCCUCAGUUUCCCACAGCUUCCUUUAAAAGUUGACGUUCACAUGACUUAUGGAGAAGCACUGUCGUGGGCUCUAAUCUCGCUUCACUUCUAAUGAACAGCUUCUCUGUGGCAGUGCGAGCUCUUUCAUCACAGACGGAAGUGAACUGACACGUCUUAAAGUCAUGAAGGAGAACCGGCCUCGUAAAGCUCGUGUAUGGUCUUUAUUUUUAGUUAGAGCUUCAUAAUGACACAUCUACUGCAUCGUUCUCCCUGCAGAGCUGCAGACACCCUAUGGUUUGUUAGACAUAUUUCUUUCUCUCUCUCUGUAUAAUUCCAUGUGUUCAGUUCAUUCCACGUCGUAGAUGUUGUAGAAAAUGUUUGAAGUCAAUAAAGAAUACGUUUUAAUUGUGAUGCUGGAUAGUUUUAAGCCUUUAAAAGUUGCACAUUGAUCUUCUUAAUUAAGUUGGUAGUCGCUUGACGUCUUUAUUUGCGUCUCAGCCUUAAAAGAGAAGCAUUUGUAAAACUUUUAGCUUCUUUUAAAUGUUUUGUUUCAGUCUCUCUAAUCUGUUCAUUUCAUCACAGAAUAAACUUUCUUGAAAUACU